UACACUGAGGAAGGGUUUAAAAAUCUCAAUUUUUCGGUGUCAGCGCCUAUAGCACGCGAUUUUCAAACAUGAAGUGUCGAGGCUUCGGCAAAGGUAGGCAUGAUGAUGAAUAAACAAUUAAUAAGCAGUCUGUUCUUUUAUUAUCAUGGUGGGAGGCCUCCUUUCGUCCAGGAAGCCUUGGUGCCGAGUCGCCCUCUUCACCCAGUCCACAAGCAUGUGCUGGUGAUUCAGGUAGUUGCUGUCAAUUGGUGCCCCCACUGCUCAACGGAAACUUGGGAGUAACUGAAGAGAGAACCGGUCGAAAUGUCGGUGCCCGUGGAAGAGAAGCCACACUCCGCGAAGAUGGUGUUCGACGCCGAGGAAGCAUCAGCCUUCUACGACGUUAUGAUGCACCACAACCGCGAGGCCAUGAAGGGGUUCCUGGAGCGGUACAACGAUUCCUUCUUUGCGGUCGAAAAUGGUGUCCAGUGUGCGGAUCGCCAGUGGCUGGACGUCGGCUGUGGUCCGGGAAACUUCACUAAGAACUAUUUGCUCCCACACGCACCUUCGUCCUUGCGAAGACUGGUGGCGGCCGAUAUAGCGCAGUCAAUGCUGGAUUACGCCGCAAGAAAACAUGCACACCCGAAGAUUGCGCACCGCUUUCUCGACAUCGUAGACGACAAAGCCGUGUCCGCGUUUGCCGAACGCGAGGGUCUCUUCGAGCGCGUGUGCUCCUUCCUGACGCUGCAUUGGAUCUCUGACAAGGCGGCCGCCCUCAGGAACCUGGAACGUCUCACAGCUCCCGGGGGGCAGUGCUUGGUGGUGUUCAACCCACGCGUUGCACCGCAGCAGCUAAUAAAUGCCAUGAUAGAGUCCGGCAAGUGGAAAAGGCACGAACACGCUCUCAAAUCGGCUCUCCCGGAGUCUUGGGAACAUUACGAUGUCAACACCAUGAUGUCAAAGCUCGAAGGACUAGUCGCGUCCACAAGCCUGGAGCCCGUGUCCUGUGAAGUUGUGCCUCUGGAGAUCGUGAGCCCGGAAAUAGACAUGCAAGUUCGUGGUUUGUGUGCCCAUAUACAAAUAUAUCGGCACAUGAAGAAGGAAGAGCAGGCUGAAAUGGAAGAGUUUGCCAGAGAGUUCGCUCUCCAAAACGGCUGCGUGAACUUCUCGGUUACGGGCAUAGUGCACCAACUUAAGUGCGUCAUUCACGCCCGAAAACCACGGUUGCUGAGUUGAGAAAAGCUAGUUAUAUCUACCAGAAGACUUCUGUGCGGCGUCUGCAACCUCCACCGCUGCCCACAAGACCGAGAGUUCUAAUCAACUUCAGAAGUUUAGAAGUUCAGGCCACAUCGCGUAGUAUUGUCAUUUUUCUACACUGCGCCAAUAAAAGAGGGUCACUGGGAAUAUUUGAGGUAGCUACUGAGUUGCUACAGGUGUGCAAAUGCACCUUCUGAAGCUAAGACGGAACAAUAAAUAGUUUCUCUUGGGAAGUGGUAGUUACCAUGAAUAUAUGACAUGACCUAAAGAGACACUAAAGGCGAAUAAAAAGUCAAGUUAAAGUGACAGGGUAAUGCCAGAGAACGUCUAAGGCGUCAAUGUAAUCGCGAACAAAGCUUUAUUAUUUGACAAAUUGAGGUAAAUGCACCACACGAUUUCAGGGCCCUCCGGGACAUUAGGCAACAGAGAUAUGAUGCAGCCACUCCUCAUUAUAAUUCUGUUGCUUGUACCGCUAGUACUGAACCACUCGUAUAAA